UAAAUAACAAAAAAACUAAUUUUAUAGUAUAUAGACAUUCACAUAUCAAAUUUCACUUCUUUAAAUCAACUGUGGCAGUGCAACUAAGAUAAUACCUCAGACAAUUGUCAUUCUUACAUUUUGUUUGAGUACUACUGUUAUACAAAAUAUGCAUAUUUCUACUGAGUGACAUGCCUAAAAGAUCAAAUGUUUUUUUGUCAAUUUAGUGUAUUUUCAUCCAAAUAUAAGUUUCAAAUCAUAACAUUGCUGAAUGACCACUUGUGUUACGUUAAAGUGUUACAACUGUCCCAUAUAACAUUACUAUUAACCCUGCUAUUGCGGUUAGUUGUAACAUCAGGACUUUUUUGGAUUAAGACAGAAUUGUAAAAAUUCCACAUUUAGCACAGGUGUCUAAACUAUACUAAUAGUUAGCAGGCAAAUAAAUGUAAGUUACCUUUGUGAAAUGUAGAACUCUCUACAUCAAACAGUUUUAGAAUAAAUCCAAUUUUAAUAAACAACUCCAAAAUGCGUUACAACUGUCCCCAGUCUACCCUACAGAAACAGUGCAGGAAUCUAGGUUACACUGUUAACAAUUUUAAAAAACAGUUUCACCUUCAUCUGGACAUGGUGUCGUGUUGUUUACUCCACAACGAUAAACUUGUAUUUCUGCAGUUCAACACUCACUUCUAUGUACAGUAUAUGGACAUCAGGUUUUAUCUUAGCUAGACAAUACUCGCCUGAUGUUCAAGUGCAAUCUUACUGCUCUGAAUCAGCAAAAUAAUGCAACAAAAACCACAAACAUGUCAUACAUUGAGUAGUACUUCUUUGUAAGUCAGCAUCACUUAAAUAGAGUUCAUGGGAAUUUGCAACAGAGGACGGUUUAAGCAGGGAGAGAAUGGAGGCACACAGAGUAGGGGAAAGUAGGGUAAGUUGAUCCAAAGGUUUAGUUGAGCCGCCCCUUGUUUCUGUGAAACCAUACACAAAAUGAAUCAUGAAACCAAAUAUUUAGGAAGAGGUCAUCAUUUCAUGAAGUCUGCGAAGGAGGAAACCACAUGGAAAAAGUGGUAAGCAACCUAGGUCCAAAAAACUGAUUUCACAAAGUCCAAAUAAUUUGCUAUAGGUUUCAUGAUGUUUGUAUCUAAAUCAAAGUAGAAGAUUAUUUUAUUCAUCAUUUGGGGUCUCUAUAAGCUACAAUAUGACGCCCUAAAACAGGGGUGUCAAACUCAUUCCAUGGAGGGCCUAGUGUCUGAGGGGAGUUCCUGCAGACACUCCAUGGAAUUAAGUGCCCUAAACCUAGCAUGAAAGUGAAUAUUUGCAGCUUUGUGGGCUAUAUAGUCAAAAUGUUUGCUUUGUUUACAUUGUCAGUUUUAUGCAUAAUAUGCAUAGUAUUUUUUCAAUGUGUCAUGCAUAUGAAUUCAAAACUGCAUUUUUGUUAAAGAGCAGACAUCAUCAUGCCCCAUGUAUACAAAUGUAAAUCAAGCAGGGGUCAAGCCCCGCUUGAGGUUCUUGACAGAGCAGCCAAGGAAGUGAGAGAAGGUAAGAAAUCCAUUUGAGCAGAAGCAAGAGUUGAAAAAAUAGACUGACACUGAAGAGGUACAAUUGGCAACAAAAUGUAAAGAACAAGUACCUGUGUGAAAGAGAGGCUAUGAUAGAGUAGCAGAGGCAUACUGGUCUUAUCUGAUGACAUGGAGUCUGAGCUUGCUAAACAUGUCACGAAUUUCGCAGACCAGUUUCACGGUCUUAGUAGCCUCAAAUGCAGAGAACUUGCCUACGAAUUGGCAUAUCGAAACAACAUCCAUGUCCCAGACAAUUGGUCGAGAAAUGGAAGGGUAAGUGAUGUUGAACAGAGGAAUCUACAAGUAACUGACAAAAUAAUGGCAACACUUGAGUAAAUGAGGGCUCUGGCGGCUGUUAUGGUAUGGGGUGGAUUUUCCUGUCAUCGUUUAGGUCCACUCAACCCCUUAGAGGGCAAGGUAAACGGCAGUAAAUACAAAGCCAUUCUGAGUGAUCACAUUCAACCUAUGGUGAAUCAUCUCUAUCCUGAUGGGAGCGGAUGACAAUGCCUCCAUCCACAGGGCACGAGUAGUCACUGAAUGGUUUGAUGAGCAUGAAAACGAUGUAAACCAUAUGCAAUAGCCGUCUCGGUCUCCAGAUCUCAACCCAAUUGAACAUUUAUGCAAGAUUCUGGAGCGGCGCGAGGUGAUAGCUGCCGUUUUACGAUCUAACCAAUUGUGUUUGUUUCUGUCACUGUGUCUUAUGACUGAAAAGGACAGCGAUUACUCACCCCGUACUGGAGGAAUACUUUUUCUCCAACGAGUCAGACGGGAAGGAUUUACUUCAGAUGCCCGACAAGUCCCUCCCCGUCAUUCGCAGGAGAAAGAGACGAAGAUUGGGGUGCCUUAUAAGGAUCCGACGACGACAGGUUCUCAGCUGAGGGUAUCUUCCCUUGUUCAGCAGUCUGACAGUGUCACACAUACAUAAACAAGCGGUCAAGGCAAAGUGAGUCUACACAACUAAGCAAGCAAGGAAAGUAAACACACCACAGACACGCGCACACACACACACACAUAUUAACAGGCACAUUAUUCACAUACACACAUACAAAUACACACAUCUAUACAGACGUCGGGUCCAUCCAGACGCCCUCCAACCGCGAUGAUGACGUCUCCACUGCUUCGCCCAUCAUUGCAUCACUUCCUGUCGCUGAGGCUGUUGUGUACUGCGGGUACCGCGGCCCCAAGGACAGGGGAGCGGUUGGCAGUGGCACCGUCACAGGGGUUUGCAGCGGAUGCCCUCCACGCUGCGUUGACCUUUGAGGACCCCAGCGCCUUCAGGGUAAAGAGCUUUGGGGAGCUUCUCCGAGCAUUAGGGGUGUUCCAACUCUGCUCUGUCCCAGUGCUGGUCAACAACUGUGGGAAGCUCAUGUCUGUAGCGCGGACUCUGCUCGGCAAAAGGGGGUUUGCCCUGCUGCUGCGGCCCUCUGUAUAUGCUCAGUUUGUGGCCGGGGAGAGUGAGGGCGAGAUCACCCAUUCCAUGGAGAAGAUGAGCUCCCUGGGACUCCGGCCCAUGCUGGCUGUGCCCAUUGAAGAGGACCUGGGAGAGAGCACUGGGGAGCGACGGUACAACGACAACCUGGCGUCCAUGUUGGAAUGUGUCGACAUGUCCCAUAGCAAUGCAUGGAGCAAAGAUCCCAUGAUGCAGCUGAAGAUCACUGCCUUGCUCAGUCCAGAGCUGUGUGUGAAGCUAACAACCCUGCUCUCAGAACAACAGUAUGACCUAGACCUCCUAGUCAGAGCCAUGGACGGAGAGCCAAUCAGCUUCCCCGGUUUACAGGAGAGCGAGAACACACAUUUCCUGUGCGGCCUUCAGAGGCUCAACAAAGUGGGCGAGACCAGUGCCAACAAAGUACGAGUUCUGGUCGACGCAGAGUAUACAUACAUGAACCCUGCCCUCUCGCUCGUCACCAUGGCCAUGAUGAAGAAGUUCAACCAAGAUGGCGCCUGGAUCUGGAACACCUACCAGUGUUACCUUAAGGAAUCGCGGUCUCUCCUGCUCGAGGCCGUCCGCCUGUCCAUCAGCGAGUCCUUUUGUCUGGGUGUGAAGCUUGUGAGAGGGGCGUACAUGGACAAAGAAAGGAAACUGGCCAAUAGUGAGGGGUGGUCAGAACCUGUUCACGAAUCCUGGGAGCACACCAAUGACAGUUAUAACGGAUCGUUGGACGUCCUGCUGGAACUCAUCUCCCGGGACCCUCAGCGCUACCGGAUCAUAGUCGCCACGCACAACGAGGAGUCCGUCAGGCGUGCAGUUCAACGGAUGGGAGAGCUGGGAAUAGACAAAGAUGGUGGAUCUGUGUGUUUUGGUCAACUGUUGGGGAUGUGUGACCAUGUGUCUCUCACUCUCGCCCAGCAGGGUUACUUAGUGUACAAGUCGGUGCCAUAUGGCUCGGUGGACAGCACCCUGCCCUACCUGGUGCGCCGUGCCCAGGAGAACCGUACCGUGCUGCAGGGCAUCCGCAAGGAGAGAGACCUCCUGAGACUGGAGCUCCUCAGGAGGCUGCGGCAGGGGCUCAGACAGGGAAGCUAGGGGUAGGGAGGAUGGGGAAGCGGGGAUGGUGUGGGCUAAAUUUGCAUUAAAGACAGUCAAUUCAGGAAGUAAACUGAAACUCUUAUUCAAUCAUUUUAAAAAGGCCAUCUACUUUUACUGAUUUCUCAAUAAAGGAUAAGCAAAUUA